AUGGAAACUUUGAGGAGGCCUUAUGCGGUGUCUAGAUGUAUCUAUUCUGAAGAUAACUUUGCUGAGGACCAUGUCAAGAUCCAUAGGCAGCACAAGACCUUUCUGGACCAUGUCAAAGAAUAUUUCAUUUGUAACUCCAAACGUGCUAAGAACCUAGGCCUCUCUUUGCUACCUGUCAUUGGCUGGAUGAGAAUCUAUCAGCUAAGAAAGUGGCUGCUGGGGGAUGUUGUGUCAGGAAUCAGUGUUGGAUUGGUGUCUGUUAUGCAAGGACUGGCCUUCUCCCUCCUGGCCUCUCUCCCACCCAGCUAUGGGCUCUAUACAGCGUUCUUUCCCAUGAUUGUUUACUUCUUUCUGGGCACCUCAAGGCACAUAUCCAUUGGCUCUUUCCCUGUCCUGAGCCUGAUGGUCGGGGCUGUGGUGACCCGGCUGGUCCCAGAUCACGGACCUGUGGCCAACAUUACUGGCUUGGAGGGCUUGACCAUGGAGCAGCAGAGGGUCAUUGUGGCUUCCUCUGUUACCUUCCUUAUGGGUUUAUUCCAGCUAGCCAUGGGGGUGCUACAGGUGGGCUUCAUCGUCAUGUACCUGUCAGACACCCUGGUGUCUGGGUUCACCACGGCAGCAGCAGUCCACAUCCUGGUGUCCCAGUUGAAGUUUGUGUUGGGCCUGGAAGUUCCAGGCUUUAGUGGACCACUUUCCAUCAUAUACACUCUGGAGAAGAUCUUUGUCCAGAUCACAAAGACAAACAUCUGCGACCUGGUGACGUCCUUAGUGAUCAUGGUUUUGGUGUUCAUAGUGAAGGAGGUCAACGACAGAUUCAAAGCCAAGCUGCCUGUUCCAAUCCCCAUAGAGGUCAUUAUGACGGUCAUAGCUUGUGGGGUGUCUUAUGGGUUCAACUUUGAGGAAAACUUUCAAGUUGUAAUUGUCGGGGAGAUGGUGAGUGGGUAUGAGUCUCCCAUAGCGCCCAACGUGGAGGUAUUCAAAGAGAGUGCUGUGGAGGCCUUCCCUAUAGCUGUUGUGGGAUUUGCUGUGGCCUUCUCAGUUGCCAAGGUCUACUCUAUCAAACACGACUACACCAUAGAUGGAAAUCAGGAACUGAUAGCCUUUGGCGUCAGUAACAUGUUUGGUGCGAGCUUCAAGUCAUUUGCUGCAAGUACAGCUCUCUCCAGGACUGCCAUACAGGAAAGCUCAGGGGGUAAAACACAGAUUGCAGGGCUGAUUUCAGCAAUGGUGGUUAUGGUUGUCACCUUGGCACUGGGAUUCCUUCUUGAGCCACUCCCAAGGUCAGUAUUGGGCGCUCUAGUCAUCGUCAACCUGAAGGGCAUGUUGAUGCAGGUCAAAGAGAUCCCGUACCUCUGGAAAAAGGACAGACCAGACUGCGUGGUGUGGGUGGUGACCUGCCUGGCAGCCAUCUUGCUGGGGCUGGAUCUGGGGCUGGCUGUGGGUCUGGGGGUGGAGCUGCUCACUGUUGUCUUCAGGAUCCAGUUCCCCCGUUGUUCAGUGCUGGCUAACAUUGCUGGGACAGACAUCUAGGACCGCAAGGAUUAUCAGUGUAUAUAUGAACCAGAGGGAGUGAAGAUCUUCAGGAUGCCUUCACCGAUCUUCUUCGCCAAUAUUGAGUUCUUUACAGGAAAACUGGUGGAGGCUGUGGGAUUCAACCCAUUGAAAGUGCUGAGGAAGAGGAACAAAGCCCUGAGGAAGAUCAGGAAACAACUGAGGGGAGGAGAGUUACUGAUUACAGACAGAGGUCUAGAGCCAACAGCCUACUGGACAACUGCAGAGUCUGAAGAUGAGAGCAACAUGGAAGACCUGGACCUGCCCACUGACUUCAAGGACCUCCCCAUCCAGGUGAACUGGAACUCGGAGCUCCCUGCCAACAUCUGUGUCCCCAGAGUGGACAUCCACAGCCUGGUCCUGGACUUCUCUGCUGUCUCCUUCCUGGACAUCUCUGCCCUGAAGGGACUCAAAGCGAUUUGGAAAGAUUUCCUCUGUGUCGAUGUAGAAAUGUACAUUGUGUCAUGUGAUGCAUACAUUCUGGAAAAUCUACACAACUGCCAGUUCUUUAAUAACGAGAUAAAGACAUCAAUGUUCUUUCAAACUCUUCAUGACGCAAUGCUACAUGUACAGCAAAAACAUCUGAAAGAUGAUGUACAGGUUCCUAUUCAAAUACAAGCACAGAACUUCUAUAUUGAUGCCUACACCUCAAAAUUGCGAAACAGAGAAAAAAUUUUGUGUGAAACAGGACUUUAG